ACCAACUUCUCUCAGUUUGACAUUCUCCCAUUCUCUUCUUCACGGGGAUACGAAAGCCUCCUGUCUCUUCUUACUAAACAGCUGAAAUGGCCCUGAACGGUAAAACUGCGGUUGUGACCGGAGCGGCGAUGGGAAUAGGGAAAGCAAUAACGGAGAUUUUUCUGAAAAACGGUGCCAAGGUCGCCCUCCUGGAUGUGAAUAAAGCUGCAGGAGAGAGUUUAAUGGAAGUCCUGAGAAAACAGUACGGACCAGACCAAAUGCUGUUCCUGCUCUGCAACGUCGAAUCAGAUGAGCAGUUUAAAGCUGCCUUUCAGAAAACCGUAGAAACCUUUGGAGGAAUCGACAUCUUGUGCAACAAUGCUGGCAUCUUGAAUGAGACCACCUGGGAGAAUAUGGUCUCCAUAAACCUCAUGGGUGCUAUUAGGGGGACUUACUUGGGUCUGGAGCACAUGAGCAAGUUGAGUGGAGGUCGAGGAGGGGUCAUCCUCAACACAGCAUCUAUGGCAGGUCUUGGCCCUUUGCCUAUCUGUCCUGUCUAUACAGCUACCAAGCACGGACUGAUCGGGUUUACUCGAGCCAUUGCGGCUGCCUCUGAAGCAUCAGGCUAUGGCAUACGAGUCAACGCCCUUUGCCCAAGUUUUGUUCAAACUGAUCUUUUCUCCAACAUCCCAUCCAAACUGGGACGAUUCACCCACCUGGCAAAUGCAGCCGAUCAACUGGUAGAAAGGUUUGGGGUAUUAAAUGUAACCGAGGUAGCGGAGGGCGUCCUUGAGCUGGUGACAGAUGAAGCCAAAAAUGGAGAGGCCCUCAUGGUGCAACUGACAGGAAGGACUUAUGCAACUUUCCCAUCAUUAAGUAGCAGCAAUAAACCAUGAAACAGUUAUGUCAAUAUCUGAUAUCAUUCCUUAAGUAUAUA